AGCGCAAGCCCCGCCUCGGCUCGGAAACACCGGUUCCUCAACGCUUGCGCCAAGGCCAGAAGAUAGUUCCGGAUCCGGUGGGGCUCGGUUCUUGCUUGGUGCUCAGUUGUCGCGGUUGGUGAGCAGUAGCAAGAGUCAAGAUGCUGAGGAAUCUGUUGGCUCUUCGUCAAAUUGCCGGGAGGACCAUAAGUACUGCUUCACGCAGGCAAUUUGAAAAUAAAGUUGCAGAAAAACAAAAGCUAUUUCAGGAGGAUAAUGGAAUACCAGUGCACCUGAAGGGCGGGAUAGCUGAUGCCCUCCUGUAUAGAGCCACUAUGGUUCUUACAGUUGGUGGAACAAUGUAUGCUCUGUAUCAGCUGGCCAUGGCUUCAUUUCCUAAGAAGCAGGAUUGACUUCAGUUUAUCAUCCCAGCAGUUGGUUCAAUUUAAUUCAGCUCUCUAUGGACCAGUAAUCUGAUAAAUAACUGAGCUUUUGGGGGAUCAAUAUUUAUUGACUUGUACUAACUGCCACCAAUAAAGCAGUUUUUACCAUG